UAAACGGGAUAACCUAAAAAUAAAUGGCUCAUGAUAUGUCACCUGUCAAGUAACGUAACCUUAAAUUUGUUAUAGUAUUAAAGAAUUAGAACAAGUCAAUGAAAAUCCCAAGUUUUGUUAAAAAAGUAUUUGUCGGAAUACCAAUCGGUAUUACUAUCAUAGAUUUAGUGGGUUACGUCGCCAGAGUGGAUGGAAUAUCUAUGCAACCAGUAUUAAAUCCGGACAAAAAUUCCACUGAUUACGUCUUUUUAAACAGAAUAGCUGUGAAAUCUUACGAAGUGAAUCGCGGAGAUAUAGUGUCCUUAGUAUCCCCUAAAGAUCCAACUCAGAAGAUUAUAAAGCGCGUGGUAGGAAUUCAGGGUGAUAUUAUCGCAACUUUAAGUUAUAAAGAAGGGGUGGUUCGAGUUCCAGAGGGCCACUGUUGGAUUGAAGGUGACCACGUUGGUCAUUCAAUGGACUCAAAUAAUUUCGGCCCAGUCUCAUUAGGUUUAAUCACUGCCAAAGCUUCUUGUAUAGUGUGGCCCCCCUCACGGUGGCAAAUUAUUGAAACAUCCCUUCCCAAAUCACGUAGGCCUUUGAAUUUAACAGUGGUUGAAGUCUUUUAG